GCACCUAUUCUGGUGUUCUGUAGCUGUAAGAAGUAGCUUUUAGCCCCAAAGGUGUGGCAAAUAAACCCCUAACUCGACAUUUGAAAGUGUGAAAUUCUAUGUAAAAUAGCCAGUGUCUGGCUGAUUAGGAUGAGGCAAUGGAUUUUCAAACAGCUUAAUUAUCGUAACUAGCUGAGCAAGUCCGAAUGCUCUGAAUUCUUGAGAAAGCUGCUUUUUCUCCUCUUGCCCAUGGAUGUAGUGGAUGAAAAUGAGGCCCUACAACAGUUCUUUGAAGGACAAGAUGUGCUUAGAACAUUGGAGAAUGCAGAUACAAGUAUGUUGGAAGAAUUUGUAGGUUGUGAGUUUGAACUGUUUGGAACUGGGCCAAGCAAGCUACCAGACUCACCACCAGAUUCUGGAUCAGAGCCAUGUUCACCACCAUCGUCCAAAGAUGCAUCUUAUUCUAUUUCCUGCUGUACUGGAAUGCAGCCGCCACCAUCUUUCCCAUCCUUAGGAUGCGCCAGUACAUUCCCUUGCAUGUUUUUGGAGGCUUCUUCUAAGAUGAAUGCUAACGGGCAAGUCUGUGGUGCCCACCAAGAUUGCAAUCUGAAGACAGGCAAUGCUGUAACACUCUGGAAUAAUUUUAUGCCUUCCACACACCGUUCUUUUAAUUAUUCUCAUCCAGCAUUAAGGGAAUCUCUCAACCCAAGCCUCUCCUUGAUGUCUAAAAAGAGAAAAUGCUCUGAGAUGCUGGAGGACUCUCUUGAAUUUCCAGCAUGCACUGACAGGGCCGGACUAAUGACUGUUAAGGAUUCUUCUUCCUACACGCAAGAAUACGACAGUGAUGGGCAGAACUCAGCAUCUGCUGAGAAAUGCUAUCGGUCCCUAGCAUGGCAACCAUACCGAAUACCUUCUUGGAGCUGCCUUUUAAACCACAAUUAUGAAAAACUCCUAGAUGUGGGAUAUCACGUUGUCGCAAACAAAGGAUUUAAUUUUUCAGCAGCAGAUGAUGCUUUUGUUUGUCAGAAGAAAAACCAUUUCCAGAUCACGGUCUGCAUUCGUGUUGUUGGAAAUCCAAAAUUUGUCAAAACCAGUUUGGGACUGAAACCUGUAGAAAGCUUUUACUUGAAGGCAUUUGGCAUUCAGAUGGAAGCACCCAAUCAAGUGAUUGUAAUUGAACAAUCUCAGUCUGACCGAACCAAACGACCUUUCUAUCCAUUUAAAGUUGAUCUUCCAGAAGACCAGGUCACCAAAGUAACACUGGCAAGGCUGCAUUUUAGUGAAACUACAGCAAAUAAUAUGAGAAAGAAAGGGAAACCUAACCCUGAUCAAAGAUACUUCAAGUUGGUGGCUGGAUUAUAUGCUGUCAGUCAAGAACAGUUUUAUUUGGUGACUGCUCAUGUCUCCGAAAAGAUAAUUGUCAGGGCCUCAAACCCUGGGCAGUUUGAGAAUGACAGUGAUCUGCUCUGGCAGCGAGGGCAUGUUCCAGACUCUGUCAUCUGUCAUGGUCGAGUAGGAAUUAACACAGAUGCACCAGAUGAAGCCCUGGUCGUCGGUGGAAACAUGAAAGUGAUGGGGGCAGUCAUGCAUCCUUCUGACCGUCGAGCCAAACAGAAUAUCCAAGAGGUUGAUACACAUGAGCAGCUAAGAAGAAUAGCACAAAUGAGGCUGGUUGAAUAUGACUACAAGCCUGAGUUUGCAUCUGUAAUGGGAAUUAAUCAGACACACGAAACAGGAGUGAUAGCCCAGGAAGUUCAACAACUUCUUCCAAGAGCCAUAAGAGAAGCUGGAGACUUUACAUGUGAAAAUGGAGAGAGAGUUGAUCAUUUCCUCAUGGUUGACAAGGAUCAAAUUUUUAUGGAGAAUGUGGGUGCAGUUAAGCAGCUCUGCAAGUUAACAAACAAUCUUGAAGUUAGGAUAGACGAGUUGGAAGCAUGGAAUAAAAACCUUGACAAAAUGAAACGGAUAAACAGUUCAAAGUCAACAACCAGUGAAAAGAACUCAGGGAGGAAAUUUGGCCAGGCUGCUUCUUGGAUACCCUCACGAAAAUCAGUUCCCACAAACCCUGGCAAGGUGUGUUUUCCAAUGAAGAAACAGUCAUGGUCCAGUACCAGAAUUUUCCAGAUGACUGUAAUUGCUUUGGUUGCUGUUAUGGCACUCUGUGUGAUGACGAUGUCCACCCUUUAUGUACUUAGCAUACCUGAGCAAGACAUUGUCUAUCCCGAAUACAGCAAUUCAACUAGUGUGAUGUCAGUGCCUCCAUCCACCACCCUUACAGUGACCAGAUACAGCACAGUGUCCUCAACUCUCAAACCUACCGCCAUUAUACCUGAAGUGAAUUUCUGUGGUAUUUUGCCAUGUCAUAAAACUUAUUGCUGUCCACUUCAUCAGGCAGUAAGAAAAAAUCUAAGUUAUCAGAAGAAGACAAAUGUGGAGAGGAAUAAAAGAAAAGGACUAUUGGAACAAAACUGGAUUGAGAAGCCUGACCUUGGAAAUGACUGGAUUGAUACAACAAUCAUAUCUAUGCAGAUCUUACAGACACAGCAGAAAAUUGAUCAGCGGUAUUGCAAUAAAAAUCUGCAAUGCAGAUCUGGAAACUACAGUUACUUUGUUCCCAUUAACAAAUACACACCCAUCAAGGUAAAAAUUUCCCUGGAAAUCAAUACAACAGAGCCAUUGAUUAUCUUUCAAUGUAAAACCAUCUAUGGGAAUCCUUGUUCAUACCAUCCUCAAACCCAAACCUUCAAACGCAAGAAGAAGGAAGCCUUUCAGGAAACCACACAGGGGUUCCAACAUAUUUGGGAUCUUCCUGUAGCUUCCAUGUAUGACAGUGUAUAUCAUUUUCGUGUUGCUGCUCCAGAUCUUGCAGACUGUUCAACAGACCCGAACUACGCUGGGAUAUUUUUCACUGAUUAUUUCUUCUAUUUUUAUCGCAAAUGUAACUAAAAGGCUAACUUUCCCUUUUCCUGAAAAAAGUAUGCCUAUGUGGAGAAACACCUGUGGUGUCACCAAGAACUUCAUUGUCAGAUUAUUUUUUCCGAGUAGACUAAAG